AAACGGCUCCGAGGGACCGGUUCGAACGUUCAUUCCGAUUUGAACGCAUCGCCGGUGCGGUCGCGCGUGUGUUGUGUUUUCCGUUGUCGUGCAGCCGCGCGAAACGGUCCCGGUCGGUGGUGUUUGGUGUUGUUUGCAGGAGGAAAAAAUAAGCGCUACGGUUGCAGUUUCGGCGUGGCGUGCAAUUGCACCCGGAGGAAGUGAACGGAAGUGUGUCGCCUUGUGUCUUCAGCAGCAUCAUAUGGUCAGUUAGGGAGACAAGAUGGCCGACCAGAAGGAACGCGACUUGGAGGAGGCUGUAGCGAUGGAAGCGGUAGCAGCGCCACGCAUUGGUUGCUGCCGGCGGACGAUGAAGUACAUCGGUGCGUACUGGCGCUCGAUGGUGGUCAUCAUCGCGCCGAUGAUUGCGUCGCUCGUGUUCCUGAUCGAUACCUCGCCCGCCUACCGGUGUAUGUUUGUCGUGCUGACCAUGUCACUGUACUGGGUGACGGAAGCGUUACCACUGCCCGUGACGUCUAUGCUCCCGAUCGUACUGUUCCCCGUGCUCGGGGUGCUCGAGACGGAUCGCACCUGCAUGAUGUACAUGAAGGAAACGAUGCUGAUGUUCAUCGGUGGUAUCAUUAUUGCGCUGGCCGUCGAGUACUGCAAUCUGCACAAGCGUGUCGCGUUGAAAGUGAUCUCCGUGAUCGGAUGUAGCCAGCGGCGGCUUAACUUCGGUCUCACGGUGGUAACGAUGUUCGUGUCGAUGUGGAUCUCGAACACGGCCGCCGUUGCCAUGAUGUGUCCCAUUAUGCAGGCUGUGCUGGAGGAGCUCGAAUCGCAAGGACUGUGCCAGAUGUACGAACGCAGGAAGAAGACGGGCGAAGAGGAAGGCAUGCUUGGCAAGGAAAAGGUGGAAGAUGAAACCCCUCGACCAACAAAGACGACCCUGUGCUAUUUCCUGGGCGCUGCCUAUGCGUCCACCCUAGGCGGUUGCGGCACGAUCGUGGGUUCCGGUGUAAAUCUUACCUUUAAGGGCAUCUACGAGAGCCGGUUCCCAACUGCACCCGGAAUUGAUUUUCCAAAGUUCAUGUUCUACAACGUGCCCGGCAUGUUGCUGUACACGUUCCUCACCUGGGUGUACCUGCAGUGGCUGUACAUGGGAAUGUUCAGACCGAACAGCCCAGAAGCAAAGGCAGCUGAUAUCGGUGCGGAAGGUGAAGCGGUAGCGAAGCGUGUCAUCGAGACGCGUUACAAGGAGCUGGGACCGAUGACGUCACACGAGAAGAGUGUUGCGUUCCUGUUUAUUGUGGCGGUGGUGCUGUUCUUUACCCGCGAGCCAGGAUUCAUCACCGGUUGGGCUGACGUGCUGAACACUGUCAAAAUCAAGGAUGCAACACCGGCCAUGUUUAUUGUGAUAGUGCUAUUCAUGAUUCCAGCCAACUGGCGCUGUCUGAAGUUCUGCCGCAGUAAUCCAGGACGCCUCCCGACCGAAGCAACUCCAGGGCUGAUCACGUGGAAGUUCAUCAACCAGAAGGUACCGUGGAGUCUAAUCUUCUUGCUUGGCGGUGGCUUUGCACUGGCGGAAGGAGGUCGCGUGUCCGGCAUGUCAGCCCUCCUAGGACAAUCGUUGGCCGGAUUGAAGACCCUGCCUCCGCUACUGCUCCUGUUCGUAGUGUGCCUCACCGCACAGACGCUUACCGAGUUCACGUCGAACGUGGCCAUCUGUAACGUGAUCCUGCCGGUGCUAGCUGAAAUGGCUAUUGCGAUCGAGAUUCACCCUCUGUACCUCAUGUUCCCGGCCGCGAUGUCGUGCAGCUUUGCGUUUCACAUGCCGGUAGGAACGCCACCGAACGCGAUCGUUGCCGGUGUGGGCAAUAUUGCGAUCAAGGAUAUGGCGGUGGCUGGCAUUGGCCCAUCCAUAUUUACGCUGCUCGUUAUCUGGGCCAGCUUCCCGACGUGGGGUGCCGUCGUAUAUCCGGAGCUGGCAACCUUCCCCGACUGGGCACGACCUGUCAUCACGAACGCGACGCUUAAUUAAGCCGGUGAAGAAAAAAGGACAUAGAUAGAGUUUUUUUUUAUUUUUCUUCCUCAAAUUACAAAGCGAGGAAUUUGAUGACACGAUGUAAAGUACUUCAGCUGAGUCUGAGACUUUAGCGGUGGGAGCGGGAGAUGCAAUCGGAAUUAUAUGUGGCCUUGGUACGUGCGUUACUGUUUUUGUUUGUUUAUAUUUUAGAAUACGUACCAAAACAUGUGCCAAAAGUAGCCAGCCUCCUGGUAGAAGUUUGAUCCUAGCUGUGGAAGCGUGGAAAAAGCAUUUAAUGGAAGCAAACACUGCCAAACUGUACUGGAGGCGACGAUCCAAGCACAAGCAGCGGCUUUGGCACUUUGCUUCAUUGUUUAAGUGAAACAAAAGGAAAUGUUGGUACUUAGCGAAAAACUACAAAAAACAGGACAGUGGUUAGAGAAAAGGGAUAAUUAGAAACAAAACAAUAACACAUCGAAUCAGCUGUCCCUUGGCCGGUCAGUCAUUUUGUCAAGUCUUCGUGUCUUCCAGUGUUAUAACAAAACAGUGCAACGGAUGCAACACCGGCCAUGGCAGCAGCAGCGAGCGAACAAUGAGCUACUUAGUGUAAAACAAAUGGGCAAACAUAGCGACUGACAGAUCGAACAGAUUUUAUUGUUCUUUCCACAUACAUCUACACAUCAACACACCUCCUACACACAAACACAGACCGCUCCUAAUCCGAAUGGAGGAAGCGGAAGACAUUAGUGGGAUGAACAUUAGGCGAUAUCACUAUAUACCUUUUUUUCGUUUUCUGUUGUACAAUGAUAUAGGAACAAAUGAGAAGCGUCAAACAAAUAUGCAGUACGCACUAGAGAAAGAAGAAACACUAAACAAGGCUAGAAAUUAUUAGUGAUUAAUAAAUAAAUCUAUAAUUAUUGUUAACGAAA